CGGUCGCGGUCCAGAGUAUCGUAGCCAAUCGAUCGCCAUGAGUCAAUCCCCGUUAGAGCAAACUCCGCCAAAGUCUGAGGUUGGCGGGGACAAGGAGCGGCUGCCGAGUGCUCCGUUUAGCAGCACUGGCCUAGAAACCCUGCGACUUCCGAUGAUCGCUGAGCAGCCGGAGACGCCGCUGCGCCGAUCGAUUCGGGCUCGCGUGCCCAGCAAACGAUUUUUGGAUACAUCCCGCAGCGAUAGCGAUACGGACGGGGAACAUCAAAUAAAACGCACGGUAGAGGAGACCGAGAUACAGGAGCUAGGCAGCAAGCUGUCCUCCGCUACGCUGUUCGAGGAGUGCCACGAUGUGGCAGGUCGAACCAUGUACGGGUUUCGCACGCCGAAAAAGCGCGAUUCGAUGCGCAAGCUGGCCGCGCAGACAAGCACCCAACGCCGCUCGAAAGUACAGCGUACACCAACCACGCCCCGUACUCCAGCCGCACUCCGUACACCAAGCAGCGCACGUCAGCGUAGAAUGAAGCACCGAAAUCCGCAGACACCGGCCCAAGUGCGCCAGCUCCGGAAGCAAGCUAUUGGCAAAGUUUUGCAAAAGGUGGAUGAAGAAUCCGACGCUUCAUACAGCCCGGCGUCUUCCUCGACCGACACGGAGCCGCCCGAUACUCACAGCGGUAGCGAUGACGAUGAAGAAGAGGUCGCCGCAACGGCCGAAUCAAAGUCGAUCAGGAAACAACAGGCUCGGUCCCCGACAGGGGCGAAACCCAAGGUUAAGAUUCCGGUUGUGGGCCCGACCGAUACGCCGAUCGUGAAAUCUUCGGAGUACUGUUAUGACAACUCUUAUGAACAGUACUUUUCGAUCCAUGCUACUACGAAAGUAGUCACGUCCAACCAUACACUGGACUUACUAGCCACAUCGCGCAUACCGCGUGCUUUAAUGCAGCAGUUGCUAUGUAUGCUCUUCUUCCGGGAUUGGCUGUUCACGCUUAACGAGGGAUUUAGUGUGCUGUUGUUCGGCAUCGGGCAUUCGGCCAAUGGGGAGCUAAUGCAGCUCUUCAUCGAUGAAAAGUUAAACGGUUAUCCUACCAUCUUUGUGCAGGGAUAUGUUCCCGACUUUAGCAUCAAGGACGUACUGGAUCGGAUUUGUGGCGAGGUGUUUGAAAUGUGGCUUUCAACGACGAACACACACGAGGCGUUGGAUAAGAUCGAGCGUAAGUUCGCCGACCAUCCUGAGAAGCAUCUGUUUUUACUAGUCCAUAACUUGGACGGUUCAUCGCUGCGGAACGAGUCCACCCAGUCUGCUAUAUGCCGACUGGCGGCCAUCGACAACGUACAUUUUAUCGCAUCGAUCGAAAAUCACAUCGCAUCGGCCAUGUGGGGCACGAAUUAUCAAGCGGCAUAUAACUUCAAGUGGUUUAACGCUACCACGCUCCAACCGUACAAUGCCGAGACGUCGUUCGAGAACUCUCUGAUGGUCCAAAACGCCGAUGCGCCCGCGUUCGAUGCAAUGAAGCGAGUUGUAUGCUCGCUAACAGCGAACGCGCGCGGAAUAUACAACGCGAUUGUUAAGUAUCAACUAACCAACCAGAAGGUGCAACAGCAGCACUACGCCGGCAUGCCAAUGCAGGAGUUGUAUCGUCAGUGCCGCGAAUCGUUCCUCGUUUCGUCGGAUGCUGCCCUGCGCUGUCACCUCACCGAGUUCGUUGAUCACAAAUUACUGCGGUUCAAGCGCAACUCUGAGAGUAGCGAGGCGGUCCUCAUUCCGCUGUCGCACAUGCUCCUCCAGCGGUUUGUUGAUGAGCAGGAUGUCGUCUAAUUCACGAAGGCUCGUACAAGUACUUCGAUGUUCGUUCACAUGGUGCCAUAUAUGUAUUCACUGUAGCGUGAAA